GGCCAUAAAUAUAUUUGGAAUUAAUGGCUUCUCUGACUUCGAUCACGCUGAACCCAUCUUAUUCUUCGCCGUUGGGAUCAUUGGCUUCCAAGCAUUGCCAGCAUAACCAGAAUUCCUGCUGGCUUACAGCCGUCGGAUCAGUCAGAUCUUCAUCAUCAUCCACAAGGCAACGGUUUUCGUCGCAGGGCCUCAGAAUCCGUAGUGCCGCAACAAAACAAGCUAAAACGCCAGCCGAAGAAGAAUGGAAGACUAAGAGGGAACUUCUCCUACAGAAAAAGGUGAGGAGUGUGGAUGUGAAAGAAGCUCUGAGGCUCCAAAAAGAAAACAACUUCGUGAUUCUUGACGUGCGGCCUGAAGCGGAAUUCAAAGAGGCUCAUCCGCCGGGCGCGAUUAACGUGCAAAUAUACAGGCUUAUAAAGGAGUGGACAGCGUGGGACAUUGCCCGCCGUGCUGCUUUCGCGUUUUUCGGCAUCUUUGCCGGCACAGAAGAGAACCCUGACUUCAUAUCGAGUGUGGGAUCGCAGCUUGAUAAGAAGGCAAAGAUAAUAGUGGCUUGCGCCUCCGGUGGUACGAUGAGACCUACCCAAAAUCUCCCAGAAGGUCAACAGUCAAGAUCCCUGAUAGCAGCCUACUUGCUCGUCCUCAACGGUUAUACGAAUGUCUUCCACUUAGAAGGCGGACUUUACGAGUGGUUCAAAGAGGGGCUACCAUCGGUUGCAGAAGAAGAAGAAGAAGAAGAGUGAAGUACCGGUGGCGGUAUGAAAGAAAGAUGCUUCAAAGGAGCGUGUUUUGUUCAUAAGUGAGUGUGUGUGCGCGCGCGCUUGCCAUUUAUUCCUUAGUAUAACUAACAACUUGUGAAUUCGGAAUCAAAUUGAAUGUUCUUGUAAUGAUGCUAAACAUAACAACGACCGGAUAAUUUCCGCCCAUCUUCAUCA